AUGGGAUUCGAGGGAAAGAGCGGUUGCAGCAAACUCAAGAGGAGGAAGUUGGCCAUCAACUGGAAACAGCUCGUACCUUCGUCAUCCGGUGACGACGAUCGUCCAACGGAACUUCUGGUGACAUCGAAGAGGAAAUCAAAAUGUGGCCGCAGUGAAGGUGACGCGCAAGAGAAUGAUAAGGAAGACUUGGAACUCCAGACGAAAUCAUACGAUGAUAUUACCGAGUAUAUUGCGAGAUCUAAAAGAUUCUUGGUAACACUAAGUGAUAAGUUGCCUGAUAGGGGCGAAAAGCUCAAGGCAACUCUCCAGAGAUACGAAGAUGAACUCGAACGAAGAAAUAAACUCGAACUGGAGAAGUCUGCUAAACUGCUUUUUCUGCAGGUGCUUCCGGAGGCAAAAGGAAAUGUGACCAGAAGUCUUCAUCAUCAGCAAUGUUAG